CUUUGUGGGAACAGACUUUGCCCCGGAGUUUUAUCAUUAAUUGACAUUCCUAGAAGAAGGAGAGGAAUUACGCUGUAUGUUUUCCAGACUUUUUCAGCAGCUCAAUGGCCUCCCCGAAGAAGAAACUUCAAGGUCUUGUUGCUGCGACCAUCACGCCAAUGACUGAGCAUGGAGAAAUCAACUUCUCAGUCAUUGGUCGGUAUGUGGAUUAUCUCAUAGAAGAACAGGGAGUGAAGAAUAUCUUUGUGAAUGGCACGACAGGAGAAGGCCUGUCCCUGAGCAUCUCAGAGCGCUGCCGGGUCGCGGAGGAGUGGGUGACAGAAGGGAGGAACAAGUUGGAUCAGAUAGUAAUUCACGUGGGAGCACUAAGCUUGAAGGAGUCACAAGAACUGGCCCAACAUGCAGCAAAAAUAGGAGCCGAUGGCAUCGCUGUCAUUGCACCUUUCUUUCUCAAGCCAUGGAACAAAGAUGUCCUGAUUAAUUUCCUAAAGGAGGUGGCCGCUGCUGCCCCUGCGCUGCCGUUUUACUACUAUCACAUUCCCGCCUUGACAGGGGUAAAGAUUCGUGCUGAGGAGUUGUUGGAUGGAAUUCAGGAUAAGAUCCCCACCUUCCAAGGGCUGAAAUUCAGUGACACAGAUCUCUUAGACUUCGGGCAGUGUGUUGAUCAGAAUCGCCAGCAACAGUUUGCUUUCCUUUUUGGGGUGGAUGAGCAACUGUUGAGUGCUCUGGUGAUGGGAGCAACUGGAGCAGUGGGCAGUACCUAUAACUACCUGGGAAAAAAGACAAACCAGAUGUUGGAGGCUUUUGAACGGAAGGACUUCUCCUCGGCCCUGAACCAUCAGUUUUGUAUUCAGAGAUUUAUCAACUUUGUGGUCAAACUAGGUUUUGGAGUGUCGCAGACCAAAGCCGUCAUGACUCUUGUCUCUGGGAUUCCAAUGGGCCCACCCCGGCUUCCACUACAGAAAGCCUCUAGGGAGUUUACUGAUAAUGCAGAAGCUAAACUGAAAAGCCUAGAUUUCCUUUCUUUCACUGAUUUAAAGGAUGGAAACUUGGAAGCUUGUAGCUAGUGCCUCUCUAUCAAAUCAGGGUGUGUACGUUGAGAUAUAAUCCACUUUGAAUACUGCAUUCAUUUCUCAAAAACUUUUUAGAUGAGUUUGAACUAAACUUUCCUAGCAAAUGAAAUCUUGCAUCAAUCAACAAGUAUUUAAAUACCUACUAUGAUCUUUUAAAAGUUUUAAUUUAUGAAGGGGCACAAACUCUAAAAGGAGUUAUGAGCCCUAAGUCAUUCAAUAUGUCACAGAAUUUUGGUGGAGAAGUUUUUGCAUAAAUGGAUAAUAUGGAAUCAAGAGGAAAAUUGUAAUUGAUUAAUUCCAUCUGCCUUUGGGAGCUCCCAUUAUCUUGAUUUCUGGUUGUUAAUCCUAUUUUAAAGUUUUCUAAUUUUAAACCACCAUAAUGUACUUUCAUUUUAAUAAAUAUUCAUUUGGAAUCUAGGAAAACUCUGAGCUAUUGCAUUUAGACAGACAUGCUAACUUUAAUGCCAGAUUACAGUGAGACUCAACUAUGCACAACUGUUAACAAACCAGUUCACUUGGCUGCUCAGUCUAACUCUAGAAUAUCUGCUUUCGGAUUAAUUGCGAUGUCGCAGUUUUCCCCAAAAACAUUGGGUUAGGUGAAGACUUGCUUCAGUUACUAUAACUAAAGGGCCAUUAGGGUGGUUUUCACAUAACAAAGGAAAGGCCUUCCCCAAAGAUGAAUUCAAGUCUCUAAUUGUUGCUAUAGAGAACUUCUCAAAGUUUCAAAGAGCUCUCUGCUCUGGGCACCACAAACUUCCCCUUUCCUCACUGAGAAGAAAGUGUCCCUCAGCAGUGCCCUGAAUUAUUGGAAAUGAAAGCCAGCAUCCCUUCUGCCGUGAGCCCAGGGGCUACUUACUGUUAUUUCCCAGUCACAUUUUCACACAGUCACUUUUCAGUGAUAAGAGAUUUAGGGAGGACCUAAAGAUUUAACUUUAACUUUCUCUACACACCUUCUUUACUUUUUUCUUUUUCUGGACUAUAUAACUGGCUGCUCAGUCUCCUCUCUAACAAACCCUGGUACAUGCCUUCCAGUAACAAAGUGUACUGAUGGUCAAUCCUUAGUGAUUUUAAACUGGACUAUCCAGUCUAAUAACUACCUAAGAUUUUAUUUUGUUUCUUAUCUAAUUAGUCUGCUCAUUGGCAGAGGAAAAGUAUUUGAAAUUCAUAUCAGUUUACUCUAUUUUUUAAUUUUUAAAAAUUAAAAAAGUGUUUGCAAAAUGAGAA